GUUGGUAAUAAUGUGUCCCGGAGACUCUUAGAGAGAUGCCCUUCUGUCAAGACUGUUGUUAAGAUUCCUCGUCAUGAUUACACCUGAGAAUUUAUCAGUAUUUGGGAAGGAAUUCUUGGCUUGUUUGCUCGGUGUUCGUCCAAAUCCAGAUCAAAUCACCGUUUUUACUGAAGUUGCUAGAAAAGCGAAUCACGAAUAUGCUGUACCCGGAGACAUCGUCUUACCUCUCAAGUCUCGUAAAUGGAUGGCUACGAUUCCCUUCACCUCCACUUUAGGCCAUUUCCUUAAUUUUCCAACAGAGGAGAAUCUGAAGUUAAUAACAUCAGCUCUGUCUUCAUGCAAUGCCUUAAUAGAAAAAGUAUGGAUGACACAGGAUCUGUUGUGUAUCAAUUUGGACAGAGAGAAAAUAAUAUCACAAGUUAUCAACAAACUGGCAGCUGUUGGGUUGAAUUAUGGAGCUACUACAUUGCUAGAAAAGACUGUUUUCACAAUCCCCAAUGAUAUCAAGAUGGAUAAUGAAGAAAAGGAGCUCUUGGACAAGAUGCGUGCAGUAAAACUUCUCUCACAUAUAUUGAAUAUGAUAACAUUUAGUGGUGGUGAGGUGAUACUAAAAGAUAAAGACAAAAUAGAUCACAGGGAAAGAGAAGCAUUGUAUGACAGGAUACUGCAUCACGAGUCUUACAUGUCACUGUUGGGAGAUCUACUAGUUGAUGAGAACACAAAACAUAAGCCACGAAAACAAAAGAAGAGAAACCGUAAAAUUUCACGUGUAGUGAAAGUUACCAAUGUAAGAAAAAUUGUCAAAAAUUUUCCUCCAGAAAAAGGUAUGUCUAAAGAACUCGUUGAAAAAUUAAGAUUCCUGAGGCGAAAAGCAAGAAAACCAGAAGGUGUAAAGUACAGACAAGGGUCUUCAGAGCCCACUAAAGAUGGGAUGGUCAUUAAGAAAAAUAAGCCAAGGCAAAAGAAAUCAGCUAAAACUUCUUUAUUAAGGACCCUACUUGAGAAGCCUGAAGACAAAAUGUCGGAUAAAGAAGACAAAGCUUUAAAAAACAUUAUGAAAUAUAUGAAUUCACAGAAAAUUAAAUUGCUUGAGAAGCAGCUCAGCUCAGCAGAAACUACUUCUACACAAGAGAAUCUCACCAAGGAAUCUAAAGAACCACAAUUAAAGAAGAUUGAGUCAUCAUGGGUUUGUGAACAUAGAAUGCUGUUUGAAGACUUAGCGGUCAGAUCUUUUAAAAAAAAUAAACAUCUUUUGGCAUCUAAAACACAACCAAAGAGAUCAAAGACAGAAAAUACUGAAGUUAAUAAAAAGUUUCCAGCCAAAUUCAACACUGAAGUUAAAUAUAUGUCCCAAUCAAGUACCCCAAAUCUGAAUAAGACUACUGAAGAAAUUAGCACAAAUACCUGUAGUGAUGGUGGUAGUUAUUCAGAGAACUUAAAUUUAGCAGAUGAAACAAAGAUAGAAGCAUGUGAGUUAAACACAAGUCAUCAUGAAGAUCAACUCGAAAAUUGCUUGGAAAUGAAGCAGGAUUUGAUUAAGAAUACAUAUGAAGAAGCAAAAGAAUAUACUGUAAGUGAUUCUGAAGAAAUUAUAUCCAUAGGAGAUUACUCAGAGGAUGAAGACACCACUUCCAUUAUCCACCUAAAUAUUUUGGAAGAGUCAACGGGUACAGAAAAUAUCCCUGGAACCUACCAAUACAAGCCAGUGGUUCAUAAGAAGACUGGAAAAUGCUGGAAUGGUUCUGCAUCUGAUUAUUGCAAAAUUUUAGUGGAGGAAUUGAGGCUAGCAGCUGCCCUCAAACAUGGUGAUGUGAGCACCCCUGAGUGGAGCAAAUUCUUGGAGGAACAGGCAUGGCGAUGCAUGACCCUACAACUACUCUCUGUCAACCACACAAACUUUGUCAAAAUUGAAGUAGAUGGUCAUACACAAAAUACUAAAGAGUGGGCCUUCAUCCUGUACAACUAUGCCCGUCUUAGUAUGAUAUUUGAGUCAUUUGAAGAGUAUGUGAAGAAGGAAUUUGUCUCACCACUUCCUCCUACAGAUGAGGUGGACUUUUCUCUUCUUAGACAUGAUGAGGAAUGGAUUCUUGUUUGGAUGUAUAUUCUACGAUGGCCAGAGAUUGUUGAAGAAGUGGCUCUGUCUAUUGUAAAUGGUUGUAGGAAACUCAAGACUGCCAGUGUUACUCGGUUCCUUCACUCCCUUGCUCACCGGUUCAGUGCUUAUUACAGUCGGUAUCAUGUCCUUGUGUCAGAACCAUUGCCACACUUGGUGCCACUCAUGUAUGCAAGACUCUACCUCUUUAAAGCUGUUCACUUGGUAAUGACAAUUUGUUUCAACUUGCUUGGAGUUGAUUCGCCUCCUACUUUCAUGUAAAUUGAUGUGGAGAUGAUGUUUGCAUUGUCAAAGGAUAAUACUUUUUGUAAGAAAUGAUAUACUGUGUGCUAGUCAUUUUUUGUAGAAAUGGAAAUUGUAUUUUUAUUAGAUUUUUCUUAUUGUAUGCAGUUCAGUUUUGAGUGUUUAAACUACUGUACAGUAUUUACGGUACUCUAAAAAUUAACAGUAAUAGACAGUAUACAGUAUAUUAAAUAGGAAAUGUUAAAAGUCAUUAUCUAUUUCAGAUUGGAGAGCAUUGUUAUUUUGUUUGUCUUUCAAUGUGUAAAUGAAAAUGCCAUAAAUUUGGGUUACUUUCGUCAUGUGGUUUUUAUCAUACAAAAUGCGAGGAGAUCUAGUUGAACCAGCAACAAGUCAAAUGGACCUUGAUCAUUAGGGUUAGGGCCUACACCUGCAACUGUUAUACUGUACUCUAUAUCUAUUAUCUAAACUUGUCAUGUUGAUGAUUACAGAACUAUUUUUCCUCCCUAGAGAAUGGAAUUGUGUCUGUAACAAUUUAAAAAAUACAACUACAGUACUGUACAGUACAAUUUUAAUGACUACAUACUAUUCAUAUAGAAUCUAUAAGUUUAGUGAAACACACUUUAGUGAUUUUUUGUGGAAGGUGUUUUUUAUAACUACAGUAGCUAUUUGCACCUGCUCAGGCUGUUAGUUUUGCUUUACAGUAUUCCAUAUUCUUGAUACCAUCAUCAUCAUCAUCUCUUUGUAUCUAUUACCAAAACUAUCUAACCCUUCGCUACUCAUAUUUUUUAUAGCAAGUUUUGAGGGAUUCAUAGUCAGUUUUCAGUGAUUUAUAAACAGUUUCAGUGAUUUAUAAACAGUUUCAGUGAUUUAUGAACAGUUAAAGUGAUUUACAGUAAAUUUUGAGUUAGUUAUGUUUCCUAUUUUCUUCAGCAAGCUGCCCUUCACAUCUUUCUUUACAUUUUUCCUCUACCAUAUCAUAAUCCCACAACCCUUUGCCUAGAUUUUUUGUCAUACAUAAUCACUCCUACAAAAAACACCAGCUUCUCAACUAUAGAGCUGCAUCCCUCUUCUGUAUUAAUCAAUAAUUUCACUCAUUUCCAGGCACAAGAACCUAUUUUUAUUUACUCAUUUUUUUAUAGGAUCUACACUUAAGUAAUUCUUCAUUUUAAUAUAUCAUAUAUUUUUGCAUAGAGUCAUUAUGGAGGUGUAAGGUCAGAUGUUACCCCAACAUCACCAUUAGAAUGGGACCCAGUUGAAAGGGGCUCCAGUCCAAAGUGAUCCCAAUCUUUAUAGGCUAAGUUGGCUUCCGACCAGUUACUUUCCAGAAAAAGUUUAUCAUCAUAGGAAAGGAUUUUUGUUUUAUAUACAGUACCGUAUAGUAUGUUAAAUGGAUGAAAAGUUGCUGGAGUUUAUUAUAUUGAUUAUUAAAUUUUUCAUAAUUGUCUUUGAAAGUUUUGCAACUGAUCUUAACCCAUUAUAUACAGGUUUCCCUCUUUACAAAUUAUAUGUUCUCCAGAAAUGUUUUACACACCCCAAAAUUAUAUUUAUUUGAUUGUUUUAUCUUGGAUAAAUAUUAUUAAAAUGGAAAUAUACUGUACAUUCCUACAGAGAAUAACAUGGUCACAAAACAUUAUAAAACUAACUAAAACAUUCUCAUCCAUUAUUUGUAUUCUUUAUAUUUUUUAAAUUUAAGAUCAAUACAUAUGGCAUACAGUACAGUAUACAGGAACAAAAAAGUAAUAUUUAAUGUCUGAUGUUGGGAAUACUACCAAGAGCUCACCAGUGGUCUGCAUCCUGCUCCCAGGUGAGAUAUCCAACUAUUUAUGGUUCAUGUACUUGUUAUGGUUCAUAUCAGUCUGUUUCUAAUAAAUAAAUAUAAUGAUA